CAUUCAUUUCAUAUACGACAUCACAUGCCAACACACAAUACAACCACAACCUUAACCUCCCCAAUUUCACUUAUUUCUCUUACGCUCUAUACUUUAGUUCUUUUUCAUCUCAAAGCAUAGAUACUGUCCCAUAGAGUUAUUAUUUGUUUACGGAGAUGACACGGUUCUUUUUUUAAAAAGGUUCGACUUUUUCUGCAUCAAUGCUCGCAAUUCCCGCCGCAAUUUACGUGGGGCAGUGUCUGUUUGAGUUUUGCUUUAGAAUUACGAGGCAUUUGUGUCACCCUUUUGGCUCAUUUAACAAUCAUUGAUGUCUUCUGUUUGUUUUGUCAUUUUUGUUUAAGAUCAUUGAAUGCAUAGUACAUUUCUCAAGAGUGUGUUGUGUCCAUGUUGAAUUCUAGAGAUGGUUUUUUGUGAAGUAAUUUGAUUGUGAUAUUUUAAUUUGGAAUUUGUUGGUGGGGUGUUAAUGGGGGUUGGUCCUUGAAUUUUCUUGAUGAAUAUUCGGGAUAUUUGCUUAUUUGAUCAUUGAUCUUCAACUGGGUAGGUAUAUUUCAAGAGAAAAAAGAAGAAAAUACAAUUGGGGGAGAUUUGAGGAGGAUCAUUACAACUCUGGCCAACUCUUUAGAGAUAUAUUCACAAACCGGAAGAGACUUUGGUCUUUUGAUUUCCGGUUUACAUUUUUGUUCAGAGAGGGUCUUAUCUCUUGUCGUGCUCCUUCCCAUUGAUUAUGGCUAACAUCUGAUCCAAAGUGAUAAUUGCUGAGUUAGUAGAGAUGUGAGUGGCAAUAGGAUUGCUUACAAAGUGCAAAGGAUUCAAAAGGGGCAAAGAAGGUUGGACUGAAAGGAUUUGGAACAAGCUUCAUCUUCUGUGAUGGCUAUGGUUAGGUGCUUCUCUCUUUUACAUGUAAGGAAGGAGAAAAACAAGUCUCAAUGUUGCAUGUUUCUUCAGGGGAAUGAGAAGUCUUCAAAAAAGGACUUCAACAUUCUACUUGCCAAACUACAAGCUUCAAGAUUAUCAUCAGCGACACGUGAUUUAGAUUCAAGCACUUUUGAUGUUGCAGUAGGCAAUGGUAUCCAGGAAAAUCAAAGGCUCAAUGCAAAGGUUGUGAGUCUUGAGAGUCCUGUGAAGACUGAAGUAGAGGAAGCUUAUAAAGGGAAAGAUGAGAAAGACGAUUUGCCUUUGAUCAAGAGGGAACUCUCUGAUUUUGAUCUCCAAUGCCAUGAAGCUGUUGCAAGCAAAGAAAGAUAUGAUGCAACAGAUAAAAAGGUAAAGUAUCCCAAUUUGUGUGGAACCCAAGCCAACAAUGAAUUGGAAGACAAAAGUGAUAGAUACAGCCAAAAGAGUGUUGAGACAACCCAGAGUGGACAUGUCAGUGAUCCUGGGAUUGGCAAGGCUGAUUUCUGGGCCUCUCCAAAGCUCAAGAGAUACUGCUCUGAUCUAGCAAAAAUGAAUUUGCCUAAACAGAUAACUUAUCACUUUCUUCCUUCAAAGUCACAGUCUUUUGAGGAUUUUAAGGGUUUUUCAGCAAUGGAUAAUCUUGAAAGCUCCAUGUCUGUAAUGAGUCACUACAGUGCUGAUAAAGUGGUUUUGAGAAGGCAUUCUUUAAGUCGAUUACUCCCUUCAGGAAGUAAAAAUUUGUGGUGGAAGAUGAUCCUUUGGAGUCACAGGAAUAUACAUAGAACACUCUCUAGCAAAUCAACACUAGUUCCUGCUGCUAGUCCUGCCUUAAUUAGUCAAUGUGGGUACUCUUCAGACACUCUUGAACCAAAACAAGGCAAGGAAUUGAGAUAUGUGAAAUCUUCUGAAUCAAUUACAAUAGAAUCCUUUAACAAAAGCAGCGUUAGCAAAAAUAUUGAUACGCAAAGGGGGAGCGAGGUUCAAAAUGAAAAUUCUGGUUUCUGUCCCCAAAACCAAUUGAUUGCUUUCUCAACAGACUCAUCCUCUUUUGCCAGAGUGGAUGCAUGGGUGAAAAAUCUUGAAAUUCAGCAACCACUUCCUGAAGAUGAUUUUGAUGAUGGCAAUGCCAGAAGCAUUGUCUUUCCACCUUCUCCUGAUGCCCGUAGAUCAAUGACAAGAACCAGAUCUCAGUUGACUAAUCAAGAUGCCAAUCUUUCAAAGGAUAUUUUGAAUGCAAAUAGUGUAGUCCAGGCUCUGAAUCCAGCUUCAACUAUUGCUCACAUAUCAAGUAUUGGUAUAAAAACCAUCCCUGCAAUUUCACACUUAUCCAAUCUACGCUCUGUCAACUUGUCAAACAAUGUCAUAGUUCACAUAUCCACAGGAUUUCUUCCAAAGGGUAUCCAAACACUUAAUGUGUCAAGAAACAAGAUCAGCACCCUUGAGGGUCUCAGAGAAUUGACCCGGCUGCGAGUACUAGACCUAAGUUACAAUCGCAUCUCAAGAAUUGGACAAGGGUUGUCAAGUUGUACACUCAUCAAAGAGCUAUAUCUUGUGGGGAACAAAAUAAGUGAUGUUGAGGGGCUACACAGGCUAUUGAAGCUAACAGUUCUAGACCUGAGCUUCAACAAGAUCACAACAACAAAAGCAUUAGGCCAGCUUGUGGCUAAUUAUAACUCACUUCAGGCCCUUAAUCUACUUGGAAAUCCCAUUCAAAGCAACAUCAGUGAUGACCAGCUAAGCAAAGCAGUUUGUGGCCUUCUUCCAAAACUGGUGUACCUGAAUAAGCAACCUCUUAAGGCUCAGAGGGUGCGUGAAAUAUUCAGCGAUAGUGUUGCCCGAGCCGCCCUUGGCAACGGCAAGUGGAGCUCGGAGAGAAGGUCAUUAAGAAGAGUUGGCCAUGGAGGAUCAAGUUUGUCCAGAGGGUCUAAAAGAAGUGCAAGUGUUUCCCAGAAAAUUGUGAACCGGACAAGGAAGUGAAAUCCAAGUCAUAUAGUUGCCUGUAAAAUGAUAACUCAUUUGAGAACAAUUUCAGCUGGCUCUUCACAAUAUUUCAUUUAUGAAUACCAGAGGAAACUGUGCUCUAGGGAGUUGUCUCUUGAUUUGUUUGUUUGAUAUAUAAAAUCAUUCGUGUGCAUUCAUUUCAUAGCUUAAACAUUUGAAUAGUUGGUUCAUGAUAUAGUAUCAAAGCCUCUCUAUAACCAUGUGGUUGCUUCAAGCCAAAGGGCUCUAGCAUGAGGUCGUGUUUUAGAUAUAAAAACCAAUUAUUUGCUUUGGAAUGUUUGAUUCGUGACAUUGUUAAGUGUUGAAGUA